AUGGGAGCUUCGGCAUCUAAACAAGGGGGCAGGAAACUAGCCAAGUCAGUUUCAGAAAGGACAGCAAAAACCAUCAAUAGAACGUCUAAUGUGAAUCAAUUACCACCACAAGAUUUGCGAGAUAAAUUUGAACAACAACAACAACAACAAAAACAUAAAGAUAAUCUGGUUUCUCAAGGCGACGAAAAGGUUCAUCAAGAUCAAAUAAGUCAGCACUCGUUCCGAUCAGACUCAACUACCAAAUUUGAUCCCAAAUUUUUGCGGAAAAAGUUAAAUAACGAUACGACGUCAGCCUUUGAAGGUAAAGAUGGUGGAGACCCACAUGAGCAAGGAACAUCUACAUAUGAUAAGAGCUUUAUAGACUCCGUGUCUAAAUUAGGAACUCAAAUCAAAACCAUCGAAUUCGAUCCUUUCAAGGAUAAGAAUGCAUUGCCCUUAAGACAGUUGCGUUCCCGAAAGAAAUUGUACGAUCUAGGAGAGCAAGAAUUAAAGGAUUUAAUGGAACCAGCGAACCUGGGAAAUAAUGUUGAAAAGACUAUGGUUCAUCCUCAGACGUUGAGUGCUAUAUUGCGAGAUUUAGAGGACCCACGUGUGGAUAACAAGGAAAUUCCUAAAGAUUAUCAAUUGGAACCGGAUUUCUUGAAAAAAUUAGGUACUAGUAUAAAACUUCCGAAAACGACAGUGGUAAUAGAAGAUGUUGUGAAAAAGGAUGAAGUUGGUCAUAAAAAAGUGGUUCCCCGGAAACGUCACGAAGAAGCUGAAAUAAUUGACGACGAUCAUGGAAUGGAAAAGGAUCAAUACAACAAAUUAAAGAAAAGAUUGAGUUUGGAUGAUUAA